UAACCUCAAAACGGAGAUUUAUAUUUAGCAGAUAGCAAAACGAAAACUGAUAAGCGCAGCACCAUUUCAGAGAGUAAUUUCUCACAUUUAAAUAAUAAUUCUCCUAAUACCAUUAUCAAGUGAUACGCACAUUCUUCCAUAAUUUAUCGUAGUUGUUAAUAAAUUUACCUGUCACAUCUGUCAACAUUUGUUGGGGAAGUUGAGAAAUCGCUAAAAAUAGUAAAAGUAAAAUGAUAAUAACAAAUUUUCCUGAUUAUCCGUAAGAGCAGUGUAAAGCGUUCCCGAAUGCCCUGGCCUGGAAUUUGAAAGUGUACACGUUGAAACUGCACUAGUGAGAGUUAAAAAUAUCAGAAUGAUGUGAGGGUUGCAGAAAAAAAAGCAGUUUUGGCAUGGAAUAUCCUUUGCAAGAUUUCGACAUUGACCAGGAAACUGAUUUUUUAUUGGGAAAUCCGUCAAACCAUGGGAGUGAUAUGGAGACACAAACAAAAAGUAAUCGUAACCCAAAAAGGCGUAGAAGUUUAGCGGCUAUUUUAUGCGGUUGUUGGUGUUCCUUGUUCCGAAAAUGUUGCGGACCCAGGGAAUUGAAGCCCCGGAAAAUAAUGCUAGGGAGUCAGACUCCUGGGCAGUUUCCAGCAAACGCCAUAAGAAAUCAAAAAUACAACAUAAUAACUUUUCUACCGUUGGUUUUGUAUCAGCAAUUCAAAUUCUUUUUGAAUCUGUAUUUUCUAAUUAUGGCUAUAUCGCAAUUUGUGCCCGACAUUCGAAUUAGUUAUCUCUACACAUAUUGGAUUCCAUUGUGCUUUGUGCUCACUGUCACAAUUUGUCGGGAAGCCAUAGAUGAUUUGCGACGCUAUAAACGAGACCAGGAAGUUAACAACCAGAAAUGCAAGAGAUUGUUAAACGACAGGAAUAAACCAUAUGAAAUUGUGGCUGCUCAUAAAUUACGUGUCGGUGAUUUGAUUAUUGUCGAUAAAGAUGAACGAGUUCCCGCGGAUUUGGUUUUAUUGCGAACUUCUGAAAGUAGUGGUGCUGUUUUUGUUAGAACUGAUCAGCUAGAUGGAGAAACAGACUGGAAGUUGCGAUUAGCUGUUCCCACAACACAGAAGCUGGCAACAGAUCAUCAACUUUUUGAAAUCAGUGCGAGAAUUUAUGCUGAAAAGCCUCAGAAGGAUAUACACUCAUUCAUAGGAACAUUCAGUAGGUUAGAUUCAUUGAACUCCGACGAAAGCUUAGACUUGGAAAACACCUUAUGGACCAACUGCGUAAUUGCUUCAGGUCAAGCUUUAGGAGUAGUUAUUUACACAGGCCCUGAAACCAGAUCUGUAAUGAACAAUUCAGCACCUCGUUCCAAAGUUGGUCUUCUCGAUAUUGAAGUUAACACCAUAACCAAACUGCUAUUCGUAGCCGUAAUGGCGCUCGCUUUAAUAAUGAUGGCUUUAAAAGGCUUCGGCGGACCUUGGUAUCGCUACUUGUUCAGAUUUAUUUUACUAUUUUCGUAUAUCAUUCCCAUCAGUUUGAGAGUUAAUUUGGAAUUGGGCAAAUCUUUCUACUCGUGGGCGAUCGGUAAAGAUCCGAACAUGACUGGAACAGCUGUACGAUGCACAACAAUACCCGAAGAACUAGGGAGGAUAUCGUAUCUCUUAUCUGAUAAAACUGGUACUCUUACACAAAAUUCAAUGGUGCUUAAACGUCUCCAUCUUGGAACUGUUAGCUACGCAGCGGAUAGUUUCGAAGAGUUGAGUUCUACACUUAAGUCAACAUACUUAGGCAGCGACACCUCUACCUCAAACAAGACUAAAUUUCGCAGAUCUGAGAAUACGAGAAUUAGAGAUGCUGUCCAGGCGUUAGCUUUAUGUCACAAUGUAACUCCAGUUUACGAAAGCAACGAAAAUAGCGAAACAGAUUCAGGUUCUAUUGCGUCUGAAGCAGAGGCUGAUCAACACUUGCAAGCUGAUAAACAGGUGGUUUCCUAUCAAGCUUCCAGUCCAGAUGAAGUAGCUCUCGUUCAGUGGACCCACGAAGUCGGUCUGGCUCUCAGUCGACGAGAUCUCUCUUCAAUGCAGCUUCGUGGUCCAGAUGGGCGCUUGUACAAUUACAACAUUUUGCAGAUUUUUCCGUUCACCAGCGAAACUAAAAGAAUGGGCGUCAUAAUGAAGGAUCUACAAACAGGGGAGAUUGUAUUUUACUUAAAAGGUGCUGAUGUCGUUAUGUCUCCCAUUGUUCAGUACACGGAUUGGCUAGACGAAGAAGUGGGUAAUAUGGCAAGAGAUGGUUUAAGAACGUUGGUUGUAGCGAGGAAAUUGCUCACGGAGGAACAAUAUGUAGAUUUUGAGAGUCGUUACAACGCUGCUCGUUUAUCCGUAACCGAUCGCGUGGCUCGAGUCGCCCAAGUGGUCGAGUCCCUCGAACGCGAAAUGGAGCUCCUCUGCAUAACCGGCGUCGAGGAUAAGCUCCAAGACAACGUCCGACCCACCCUAGAACUGCUCAGGAACGCCGGCAUUAAAAUCUGGAUGCUGACAGGCGACAAACUCGAGACAGCCACCUGCAUCGCGAAGAGCUCUCGCCUCGUCUCGCGCACGCAGAGUCUCCACAUUCUGAAGAAAGUAGUCACACGCACAGACGCACACUUGGAACUGAAUGCCUUCCGACGAAAACAAGACUGCGCUUUGGUGAUAAGCGGCGAAAGCCUCGAAGUUUGUCUUUCCUACUAUCAACAAGAAUUCAUGGAGCUGGCGACCGCCGCGCCGGCGGUGGUCUGUUGUCGGUGCUCUCCCACCCAGAAAGCUCAAGUUGUACAAUUAAUACAGAAGCAUACCGGGAAACGAACGGCAGCGGUAGGAGAUGGAGGAAAUGACGUCAGCAUGAUCCAGCAGGCGGAUGCGGGGAUCGGGAUCGAAGGGCGAGAGGGGAAGCAGGCCAGUUUGGCUGGAGAUUUCAGUAUUCCACAGUUUUCUCAUUUGGCGAAUCUGUUACUGGUGCACGGAAGGAGGUCUUAUAAGAGGUCUGCGUCUCUGGCUCAGUUCGUCAUUCAUAGGGGGUUGAUUAUUUCGACGAUGCAAGCUGUUUUCAGCAGCGUGUUUUAUCUCAGUUCGGUUGCGUUAUAUCAAGGAUUUUUGACGGUGGGGUAUGCUACCGUCUACACGAUGUUUCCGGUGUUCAGUCUUGUCCUGGAUCAAGAUGUAAGCGCAGAAAUUGCAUUGACGUAUCCAGAGUUAUAUAAAGAACUUGCAAAAGGUCGUAGUUUAUCAUAUAAGACGUUUUUCAUGUGGGUCCUGAUUUCCAUAUAUCAAGGUGGGGUGAUAAUGUAUGGGGCUUUGCUGCUCUUUGAAGACGAAUUUAUUCACAUUGUGGCAAUCAGCUUCUCCUCGUUAAUCCUGACUGAAUUAAUAAUGGUGGCCUUGAACAUACGAACAUGGCACUACUUAAUGAUUUUAGCAGAACUUCUCUCUCUCGUAUUGUACCUUUUGUCGUUGAUCGUUUUGCAUGACUAUUUUGAUUCGGAAUUUAUACGGACGGAAGAUUUUAUUUGGAAAGUUUUGGUUAUAACUUUGGUCUCUUGUUUGCCUCUGUACAUUCUCAAAUUUUUGCGCAAGAAAUUUUCACCACCGAGUUAUAGUAAAUUAUCUUGAAUUUCUCUUGAUUGUGAUAAGCAUUUUUGCAUUUCUCAUACUGAGUGAGAGGUUAGAUGUAAGUUUAGGAUUGCUUUUAUUUUUAGAUAUUAUUUUUGCAGCAUAACUGUAGAAGAUUAGAUAAUUUAUAUAUUUUCCUUUUCUCAGUUUAAGGACAGUAAGCCAAAAACUGCGGAAUUACUUAUUGUUGUGAUAUUUUUCACAGCGUUGUUCAUAGAGAUCAUUAAUCAGUGAGUAUAGAAUGCGGUCGUAGUGUUGUGAUUUGAGUAGAGAAACAUUAUUUUGAGAAAUGCAAACUAUGAACUACCCAAGUCAAUGAUUGAAUGAAUGUAUUUUAUUUUGUUAUUAUUACAACAUAAAUGUUAGAAUAUUUUAUUAACUAACUUUCAUAUUGUUGUUAAUUUAUCAAUAAUUAAAUGUAAAGUGUUAAUAUAUUCUACAUAUAUAUUUA